AUGAGGAUUGGUGCCAAGCGUCCUCGACAAGAGCUUGAAUCCGGGAUCACGUUGGAUCAAUUGAGCAUGAGCAGAGAUCUGGAGCAGGCAAGCAUGUUACAGGGCGAUUUUACCCACAAGAACCCCGAGGCAAUGCUCGGCAUCUCUCAGCAUGGCACGGACGAUAGUUGGAGUGAUAGGAGAGAACACGAUACCGCUUGCGAAGAGAAAAACUGGGCCCAUCGCAGCACAAAAGUUACGAAUUGGAGUAUAGACGAUGCAGAGACAACUGAUCUCGAAUUGGCAGAAAUGAUACAAACAGUAUCGAUGGUCGUGAUUGAGUCCAAGAAACCUCCCAGAUUGUCGUGCCUGCUUGACGAAAAUGAGAUACUUCUGCCACAAGAAGGAACUCUUGGUCAAGACUAA